GAUUGUGAUUGUCGCGUGUGUAGCUUUGACAUGUGAAUAUAUAAAAAGUGCAACGGAAAAAAUAUUAACUGUUUGUACCGAGUAAAAAACUGUAGCAGUAAACGAGUAAAUUAAUUAAAUAACAGUAUUAAUUAGUGUGUAACUAAAUUCCAUUGCCGACUGCAAUAGCUUCCAUAAUUCUAAUAAAAAAGUCACAUACGACGUCGAAAAAAUGAGUGGCCGUGACGACUUCUUCUCCAAAGAGGCUUCGCUCAUCAACCGCUCCAAGCGGGAGCUGGCGGACGGACGUGAAAAGGAUCCAAUCUACAAAUUACGCUUGCAAUGCUUCAGUCGUGGCGCAACCGGUAUACUUGGAUUAGCCAGAACCUUCCGAAAUAUGGAUGAUGAUGGCAGCAAGGCGUUGAAUUACGAAGAGUUCAGUAAGGGAAUCAAGGAAACUGGUUUGGAAUGUACGGAGAGUGAAAUAAAGGAUAUGUUUGACAAAUUUGAUGAGGAUAACAACGGUUCAAUUAAUAUGACUGAAUUUUUGUUGAAAUUGCGGCCACCAAUGCCACAGUCACGCCUGGACAUCAUCGAUAAAGCAUUCAAGAAGAUCGAUCGCACAGGUGAUGGACAGAUUACAAUUGAAGACUUGAAGACCGUCUAUUCUGUGAAGGAUCAUCCCAAAUAUCUUAGUGGCGAAAUGACCGAGAAUGAGAUACUCACUCAAUUCCUCAAUAACUUCGAGGGCGGACGUGGCAACUGUGAUGGCAAAGUGACGAAGGAGGAAUUUGUUAAUUAUUAUGCAACAAUUAGCGCUUCAAUCGAUAAUGAUGCCUAUUUCGAUUUGGUGAUGCGACGCGCUUAUAAGUUGUAAAUGUAAUCCAAUGUGAGAUGAUCACAAAAGCGCUGCCAUAACAAUUCAAGCAAAGCUUGUUGCAAGCACAACAAAAAAAAAAAAACAAAAUAACAACAACUGACAGCAGCCGGCAUUUUUAAGGCUUACAACAACUAAUAACAAUAUAACUAAAAAUAUUAAAAAAAAAUUAUAAAUGAAAAAAUAUUAACCAGGUGUUGCGUCCUGACUGUGUGUGUGUGCAAUCUUUUAAUACAUAUAACAAAAUUUUAGCUAGGAACCUGCUAUAAUGAAACAAAAAAUCCUUAUUUACAUUUAAUAUGAAUGCAACAUUGUAUUUCCUAUUGUAUUUAUCUUUUGUUAUAAAUUGUUACAUCAUAUUAACGUACAAUUUUUCCGUGCACAAAUACAUUUUCUGGCAAUUUACAUUUAAUAAAAUAAAGAAAUUGAAUAUUGAAAAUAA